AUGGGUGAGAACUUCCAGCUGUUUACGUCUCUACGUUUCGAUCCCACGCUGCUUCAGCUUGGGCACAACCAGACGAUUGACCUUGGCUGGAAUUCCACCAAGCCUUCUCCUUAUUACAUGUUGGACUAUCACCGAGAUCGUAUGUUGAAGGCAGCGUCUCACUGGGGUUGGGGCAAAGCUGUUGCGGCUAUUGAGGGGCCGGAGGGACUGGCGAGGUUGGAGUCCUUCAUAACGGAACAGCUCGGCCAGGACUCAAGCGACGAGCCCAGGAGAAUCAAGGUUCUGCUAGCUCAGGAAGGACAGUUCGGACUCGAGUCCUCAGUUGUCCCUGCAACGUCCCUGGCGAAUCUCUUCCCUAAACAGCUGCUUGGGCCAAAUGACGACAAUGCUGCUGAUGGCCAAGAAACACCGUUGGGCCAGCUUCGAAUAUCACCUCCAUAUGUUGUUCACCUUGACGACCGUCCUACUCGCCGUUCUGAGUACACCCAUUACAAAACCACGAAGCGCGAAAUGUAUGACCAAGCUCGGGCGCGUGCCGGCCUGAAGCCCACCGAUGCGACCCAGGAGGUGCUCAUUGUGGACGAGACUACCGGCUCUAUCAUGGAGGGCAGCUUAACGACUCCCUACUUUCUGCGAGGUGGGAGGUGGGUCACGCCGCCUGUUGCCGAGAAGUUCAGUGCGGACAACGGCAGCGGUGGACAGGAUGGUACGUCGAGGCGAUGGGCCUUGGAGCGGGGCUUGGCCGUUGAGGAAGAGGUCAACGCACAGGAUGUUGCUGAUGGUGAAGCUGUCUGGCUGAGCAAUGGGGUCAGGGGAUUUGUCUUUGGCAAGAUAAAGAAAACAGAGGGUUGA